AUGAACCUGAAAAUGCCUUCGAUACAAAAUAUUCAUACUGACACUAAUUCCAAUGUCACUCUACCUCAAAAUGACUCUAUAAAAAGAUAAGAUUUCUCACCUACACAAAUAUCUCAUUCAUAUUUAUUUUCUAAUCACUUAUUUUAACCAACUCUUAAAAUAAUACCUACUCAAAAAGCUUCAAUUUUUGGACAUAGAAAAGAAACAUUUUUAAAUUCAAGCUAUCGUGAAAUCUCACAAUGCGAUAUAUAUGGAAAUCUUUAGAAAUAUAAAAUUUAAAAGUAAGAAGACAACCUAGCUUUACUUCGCGGUAGAAAAAGAUCAAUAAAGUAGCAUUCCCCAUACACUCUUAAUUAAUAAUCUCCAACCUCGAUUAAAAAUAUUGAGAGCCAAAAGAAAGUCCUUGAGAAUGUAAUAGAUGAUGUAAAGCUCAAUAAGAUUAAAUUAAAAAAACUUGAAAAAUCUCCUUAAGCCAAAAACUUUCCAGUGCACAACUUUUACUACCUUAAAAAUAUGAAAUAUAUCUACCCUUUUUAAGUUGAAAAAUCUGUUAAAGAAUUGAUGAGGCCGUUCCAUUAAUAAAGAGAUAAUUUGCUGUCUCCAAUUUAAACUGAGAGAAGUUUAAUUUAUCCUUAGAGACCAUAAAUUUAGAGACCAAAAGAGUUUUUGGAGAAGUUAAAAAAUAGAUUAUUGAAAAGAAAAAAAACGAUGUACUUGCCUCAAGCAUAGAGCCAGGAAGACCCAAUACAGAGAAAGCUGAAACACUUUUAAAAAAGCAUAUUUGAAAAUCAAUGCUUACAUACUAUAUACAUUCGUCCAUCAGCAAUUAGAAUAUAAAAGUAUAGAAUUUAGGAUAAUAAAAAUGAAAGCAUUUUGAAAAGAUGUUUGAGCUAUAGAUGGUGGUGGUAGGAAGCAGAUGAGGCUGAUGAGGAAGUACAGUUACUAUGGAGUUGUUAAGCUUCGAGUUCUUUUUUGAGUAAAUAAAGAUCUAGACAUAUAAGUGAUAAAAUUGAGUUUCAACCUUUUGAAUAGAUUUUAAAGAUAUGUGAUAGUGUGGAAGAUUAAAUGAAAUUCGCAAUUGAACAAAAACUGUGUUUAUUAUCUCCUUAUAUAAAAAUACAUAAUCAUUUAGAUGUGAUAGAUCCAUUGUGGACAAAGAAGAACUUGAUUAGUAGAUUUUAAAAAUAUUGCACUUUAACAAAUCAAAAUGAUAGCGAUUUCCUUCCAUUUUCAAUAAUUGUAAAUAAUUUAGGAGAAGAAUCCUUUUAUGAAUUUAUUAGAAAUUAUAAAACUUCAACUGAGAUUUGGAUCGUUUUGAAAUGCCAGAAUGAGGGGGAGAGAAUUUAGUUAUGUGAAAAUACUAAGAGUGUAUAUAACUUUAUUCACAAAGAGUACUCGACGCCAAGUAGAAAAUAAUAAAGUUUUAUUGUCUAAUAAUACAUAAGAUCGUUUGUAUAUCAAUAAAUAAAAUUAGAUUUAUGCUUCUAUUUACUGAUAGCCCAAAUAAAUGGGAUAGUGAGAGCAUAUUUAUUUGAGUAAUUUUAUGGGGAAUAAUCAUAAAUAAAUUUCUCCCCAUUCGAAAAGGAUCUGUUGUUUAAAUCAAAUGAAUAAUUCAAUGAUAAUUAUAAUUCUGAUAAGAUUCAGAUGAAAACUGUUUUAGAAUAUUUUGAUGAUUGUAGAGUGGAUUAUGAUUAUAAAAUCCUUCCUGAAAUAAAAAUGAUUGUAUGUGAAUAUAUUAGAUCAGUGUUCACUCAAAUGCCAGUCAAAGAUCACAAUUUUGAAGUAUUCAUUAAAUAAGACUUAGUUACUUUAAGUUAAAAUAUUAAUUGAUAACCAAUUUAAACCAUGGUUAAUUGAUGUCAAACCUACAACAGAAUUUGAUUUAAGGACAGAUUUCAUGAGAGACUAUGCUUAAUAACUCAUUGAUAAUGCACUGUAACUUUCUGUUGAUGUUUUAUUUCCAUCCCCAUCUAUUUGGCCUAAAGACAAAAGAAGAUUAAUUGAUAUAUAUUCUGAACAGAAUGAUUUUGCUGUUGUUUUUGAUUCAAGAAUGGAUGGUUAAGGUUUAAAAUCAUUGUUCGAAGAAAAAUAACCUGAAACUAUUAAGGAUGAUGAAUUUUGA